GUGCAAAGUGUAGGAGAAGCCAGUGUACCUUGGAGGACACGAAAGGGGGAGGUAACGCGUUUGUUUUGGAGACCUUGCGGGAUACACACAGCACCAGCACCGAUGAAGAGUACGGACCAUUGACCAUAGUCCUGGGGAAAUACGCAGGUAUGCGUCCGUUCGAGGUGUUGCGUUGAGAACGUAUUAACAUACAUGAGCCUCAAGCAGUAUUCCAUGUCUCUCCUCUGCCCUGUUAUUGAUGGGAAACCAACUGGACCGGAUCACCCACCUGAACUACAGCGAGCUACCCACCGGGGAUCCAUCGGGCAUCGAGAAGGACGAGUUACGUGUUGGUGUGGCGUAUUUCUUUUCCGAUGAGGAGGAAGAACUGGACGAUCGAUCGCAGUCGGACAGCUUUAAAGACAACAACAGCCCGAGCAAAGACGGUCCGAUUGCACUUAACGAGAUCGAGUACUCGGCGUUCUGCUGCCAGGAAUGUAUAUACUCCAAACUGCGAGAGAAUGAGGACCUGAAUGUUUAUUCUGUGAAAACUUUAUUGACCAUGUGCAAACCCGGGGAUCUACUGGAGUUAGUGGCCAACGCACAACCCCCACACUGGGCGAUCUUUGAAGGGGAGGACCAGGUUAUUCACCUCUACAAGGGGGAGAUCCGCAAGGACAGCUUGUUUGAGAUCAGCUGCGGUCGACAGGGCAGGAUAGUGAACAAUCGGUACCGUUACCGGCCGCUGCCCGCUGAUUUGGUGAUGCAGAACGCGAGCGGGCACGUGGGGCUCAGCAGUGGCGAGAUUUGCUGGACGAACUCGGAAAGUUUCGCAGCCUGGUGCCGUUUCGGCAAGCGGGAGUUUAAAGCGGGCGGGGAGGCGCACUCGGUCGAGCAGCGCUACUUUCUGAAGGUGCACCUGUCCGAGAGCACCGCGCACACGCUCAUGUUCCGCAGCCUGGAAGAGAUGAUUCGUGAGAGACGGCGCGUGGACGCCAGUGGCAUUCUGAAGGAGCUGUCGCUGGUGACCGGGAAGGAAUGAGCACACUGGGACUCUCUGCAUGCCUUGACCAAGGGCUGCUUACCUUUAUUUCAGGACUUUGGCAGGGUUGUGCGUAUUUGUGUGAACAUGUUUUGGCAAAGACAACGCCCCUUUUGGUUGUGCUGUGAGAACCGAUGGCCCCACUAAAGUCACCCUGUACCUUUAAAAAAGGAAAAAGAUAAAACAUAAGGUGAGAAACAUCACAGUUCGCCCAUGACAGUCCCUUCAAAUUCGCACCCGAGCUCUGCUGCGGCAGAUGGUCACCACGAUGGGUUCAUAUGUCUGUGGCAAGCCGUUUUGACAUUUAUUCCUUAAGACUAACUACUUGGCUAAUUGUUUGUGUUACAAACAUUCAUUAUUCACCAGUAAAUAGUCAAAUAGUUUGUAUCUUUUUUUUGUCCUAACAAUAUUUGAAUAAAUAGCCUACAUCAAUAGCUACUACGAUCUAAUUGGUAGCUAAAAACAGGUGCCUAAGGAACAUCUAUAUUGGAAGUAAAGAGUUCAUAUCUGAACCACAGAUCCACCUAGAAUUAAAUGGCAAAAAAUGCAAUCUGUAUCAAGGGAUAUUUGCUUGUCAUGAUCAGAAUAGUGACUCGAAGAAAGGUAGGCUAAUUUUGGAAGGAAUAAUUAGGCAUUAAGGGUGAAAUGGAAAAAGAUACUAACCAUUGGGCUACUUGCUGCUAAUUAAAAAUAUGAACUGGUAACCUUAAAAAAAUAGUUAGUUUAAAGGAAUACUUGUUAUACAGCUUGACACAUUGUCUCUUAUUUGACUGAACUCUAGUUUUACCAUGAAACGUGGAGCUCGGUUAUUGCGCAUCUGUGCAGCUGCAUUUAGUUCUUCUAACCCCCUACAGGCGACAACACACGAGCCUUGUUUUCAUUCUCUUACCAACAAAUGCAGCGAACAUUCUUAUGUUUUUGGAGUCCAUAUUUUUGUAUUUCAGUUAGUACGUUUAAAGAAAGCUGUUUUUAUUCAAAUAAACGUAGAUUGCCCUAUGAAAAUUG